CAAAGAUCCUUGAUUACUCCGCUUUAACCCUCUGGUUAUAUGGCUCUGGUAUGCAUCGGUAAGCGUCUGCUGCAACUAUGGCAACGAAGUUUGAAACGUGGGUGGAGUGACUCCACCUAAAGUAGCCAAAUAAACAGUCGGCAUUCGGGAUGCCUCAAAAAAGAUUGAAAUGCACAGUAGAACUCGAGAUUCAGGCUAUCACGUGCCCUGGGGUAAUGUUGCCCUCUCAGGAAGACAUAUACCUCAGUGUGCGCAUCAUGGACCAGUUUCAGAAGACCCAUUGCGUUCCUGCUGUCUUUCCUCUUUUGUUCCACAAAAAAAUGGUAUUUACCAAGUCUUUCUCCCAUGUAGUUGACCUGAGUGGCAUUGCUGACCUCCUAGAAUGUGAUACAACAUUCUUUGAGCUAAUUCAGCUGCUACCACCAGAGGGGGAAAUCUGGGCUACUCUUGAGGAGAACACCCGUGACUUCCUCUACCCUGGACCGUGCGUCCUGUCCAAAUCCCCUUGUCCACAGAGAGAGCUCCUGAUGAAGAAAUCCAUCACCUUCCCCGGAAUCUCACCCAAAGUGGAAUUCUCCACCACCACCACCAUAGAGGAAUGUGAGGCGAGAGAUCGGCGGCCUGCUGCAUCCUCGAAUUCCAGCAAAUCCCCUGCUAAACCUGCCAGUGCCAGCGUCAGGAGGAGCCCGGGCACCGCGGGGAAGACAGGGCCGGGCAGCGCAGGCGCGCCGGCAUCCAGCGGCUAUGACAGACCCACCGUCGCCUCGAUGACCCGUGCGCUCUCGCCCUACACCCACCGAAGGAUGUGCCAGCUGUCGGAGGAUGCCAGGCAGCGCCUUGGCCACCUCCAGCUGGGGCCGCACGCCUUCAGGAAGGAGACAUGUCGACAGCCCCCCUUCGUGGUUCCCCGCAGUCUGAGUACUUCAGUCCUUGAGACCUCGUCGUGUUCACCGUCCCUCUCCUUGUCCACCUGGAGGUCCAUCCUCGAUAGGUCUACUCACUCCGCUGCAGAUGCCUCACACCUCUCCAGUAGAAGGUCAAGUCCAGCUAAAGUAUCGGCAAGCUCUCUCAAAUCCGCCCCUUCCCCAGUCGGGCCUCCCAGGCAGAGACCCAGCUGCAGCCCCGUCCACCGGAGACCUCCGGAGGCCCACUCCACCCCACUACUGACCAGCAGCCACAGGGCAGCACAGAGCCCAGGGCUCAGCCACUCCUCGCUGAAAGAGAGCACUGUAUCGGCAGCGGAAACAUCUGUUCACUUAGACAACGGACAUUACUGGAGCUCCAGAGCGGCUGCCUACACGGGGAGACCCCACAGAGCCGUGUUCGAGGAGAGCUUGGGCCGAAUCUACAAGAACCUCUACAGAAACCUCUCCGACACUAGCUGAGGACACGGCCUGGCACCAUAAAUCAACGUAUUAAGAUCACUGUUGAAGGACGCACUGACACAGAUGGGUAUGCAGUUGCUACCCAUUUUCAAAAGUGCAUUAUGUUAUUAUAUUAUCAUUCCUACCAGGUAGCUUUUACACUUGAAAUUAGAGAAAGCCCAAUCCAGAUACAAGCUGUCAUGAAAGGGAUUAUGAUAUGGAAAUUACAUAUUUUGUAUAUGUCAUAUAUUGAGGUGCUGGAUUCACCCCUUCAAGGCCCCUUUAUGGUUUUAUAAAAACAAUGAAAACAAAUCAUGGAUCUUAUAAUACUGCAUUUAUUGUGACUGAAAAAGG